CCAGCAGCCAGGUGGUCACAAGGCGUCAGGUCUGCUGUGCGGUGCCACUGAGAGAGCGUGAACAGUGCUCGUCAGUCUUGCAGUGCCGGAGAGACUUGGCAAGGCACUGCUGGUGGUGAUAAGGAAGAUACCAGCCUUGUUCUCUUUCUAUCUUCUUCAUUUUAAAACCCGCGAGAUGGCGCCGCGAGUGGUGGUCCUCCUGGCGCUUCUAGGGGUGGUCAUAGCGGCUCCCCAACUCUAUCUGUCGGAGAAGUCACACCUGGGGCUGGAGCAAGCUCUGGGCGGCAGGGUCCCCGUGGGUGUGUACAGCGCCAACAAGAUCUACAAGGGGUACGAGGGCGAGGGCAGUGAUGUGAUCGUGCUCAACAUCCCCGGCUUGUCUCACCCUGUUGGCAGAGAAGACUUCCUCCUCGACAGCCAUGAAAGCAACGAACUCCUGCCAUCAACUCGCACAGCAGGCGCCGCCAUCCUCUCGGUCUCAGCCGGCCCAGCGACCCGCACCGGCCCGGCAUUCACCGCAGUGGUAGACUCCCUGGAGGACUCAAGAGACAUCCUCGACUCAGCAGAAGACACCGUCGGGGCUCCGAGGAACACUGGCGCGGCGCUCAUUGCUGUGCUCGACUCCCUCGAGGACCCGCUAGACUUGCUCAACUCAGCAGAGGACGCCCGGGACUCACUGGAAGACGAAGCAGAAGAUGCAGCAGAACUUGCCCUCACCAGAACUGCUCUAGCUAGAGGAGGAGUGCCGCUAAGUGCUGCUGCUGCUGCUGCGGCUGCUGCCCCUACUGCUGCUGGAGGAGUGCCUCUGAGUGCUGUUUCUCCUGCUGCUGCUGCUGCGGCUGCCCCUGCUGCUGCUGGAGGAGUGCCUCUGAGUGCUGUUUCUCCUGCUGCUGUUGCUGGUGAUGCUGCAGCUGGCGGAGGAGUGCCUCUGAGUGCUGCUGCUGCUAAUGCUGGUCGUGCUGCUGCUACAGGUCCUGCUGCUGCAGUGGGUGGAGGAGUGCCUCUAGGUGCUGUCUCUCCUGCUGCUGCUGCUGCAACGCCUGGCGCUGCAGCAGGUGGAGGAGUGCCUCUGAGUGCUAUUUCUCCUGCUGCUGCCUCUGCUGCUGGCGCUGCAGCGGGUGGGGGAGUGCCUCUUAGUGCUGCUUCUCCUGCUGCUGCCUCUUUUGCUGCAGGCCCUGGUGGUGCUGCUGCAGCUCCGGCAUUUGGCGGGCUGUUGCCGAGUGAAGUGCAGGAGGAGUUACUGGAGGCAAGGCAGGACGCACUGGAACUUGAAGGCCUCAGGAGAGCAGCGGCCGCCGCUGCAGCAUCAGGCAACACUCUCCUGGCGGGGCAACUCAUGAGAGAAGCAGUGGAGGAAGCAGCAGAAGCAGCGCGUGAAGCAGCAGAAGAUGCAGCAGAACUUGAGGCCACCCGAAGAGCAGCAGCAGCUGCAGCAGCGGCAGGGAACAACCUCCUGGCGGGACAGCUCAUGGCAGAGGCGGCAGAAGAAGCAGCAAAAAUCGCCUUACAAGCAUCAUCGAACGCAAAUGUCGCCAGAAACAUGGCGCGCUUUACCCAGGAGGUGGCGCUGAGAGCCAGACAGGCCGCCGCUGAGGCCGCGGAGGACGCCCGAGAACUGCAGCAAGAUGCCGCCGAGGACGCCGCCGAGGCCGCCCUGAACGCUAGACUAAGGCUGAGCCAGGGCGCGGCCAACAUAGGCGGCGUGCCCCUCCCUGCGGUCGUGAGGCGGAAGAGGAGUUUCGGCAGCAGUGAUGAUGAUGAGGAUGACCCUUUCAGCACCACGAGGGCUGAGGAUGGAGCCUUCGCCCUGUCUAGCCUCGGCAUCCUCCUGGUGCAGGCUCCUUAACCUGCUAGAGACGCCACGACCAACACCACGACCACAUCCUGCUCUCCACCGACCAAGAGGACCACCACGACCACAGCCACGACCACCACUACGACCAACGAAACCAAACUCUUCGUUAUCUUGCUCUCUACAUUACUAGUCUGAGGAUUUGUACCAUGACAAUUCUCUCUCUCUCUCUCUCUCUCUCUCUCUCUCUGCAUCAUGACAAAAUAUUAAUAAAUCAAUGGCAAGAUAAAAAAUAGAUUAAAAAAACUGACAUGUACAGAUUUACAGACACUUAGAGGCGUGAGGGAACACACACACACACACACACACACACACACACACACACACACACACACACACACACACACACACACACACGUACAACCACAGACUCUCUCAGCCACAAGUAGAUUAAGUUCCACGUUAGCCUAACCCAUUCACGGCCUCAGGAUAACUCAGGUAGAUAGUUAGACAGGUAAACUUUCUAACUAACCCCCCCUUUCCCCAUAUAUAGGUCACUAAAUCUGCCCUCUCUUCCCUCCCUCCCUCUAAAUCUCUCUCUCUCUCUCUCUCUUUUCUCCCUUUCUCCACAUUCCCCUCGUCUGGACACUCGCCUGGCCGGAUGCUGCAACACGUGAAAAAAUUACAAACCUCUGGAAAAUUUAUGGAACUUUAACUUCAACGGAACGACUCGUGGGUGUUUUCUGGAACCGCCUCUGGAAAAUUUUUAUGGAACUUCAACAAAAAUGGAACGAUUCUUGGAUUUUUUUUCUGGAACCACGUCUGGAAAAAAAAAAUGGAAAUUUGUUGGGGAAAAUAAUGAAACCUCUCGUGAAAUCUUGGCACUCCCCUCAUGGAACCUCGAAAAUUUUGGAACCAUUUUGGAAAAAAUUAAUAUUGGAAAACGAAUCUGGAAACAUGGAAAUACAACACUGGAAUUACACACAAAAAAAUUUAUAAAUCUAACUGAAAAAAAAUAAAUAACAAAUAAACUAAAUAAACGUCAAAAAAAAAAA